AUAAGAAAGAGAAAAUAAAAGAAUUAUAUGAAUGGCAAGAUGAAUGUUUAAUAGAAUUAAAAAAAGUAAACUGGGAUAAGGGAGAGCAUUUUAUUUGUGUAGCUCCAACAUCAGGUGGAAAAACUUUAGUUACAGAAUUAUAUAUAUUUGAAGAGAUAAAAAAUUGUAAAAAAAUAUUUUUUAUAUUUCCAUUGAAUUCUUUAAUAAAUGAAAAAAUGACAUAUUUAAAAAAUAUUUGUAAAGGUACUAAUAUAAAUAUAGGUAAUGAAAUAGAAGAAAAUGAUAUAAUAUUAUGCACAUAUGAAAAAUUUAAUAGUUAUUUAAAUAAAAAUAAAUUAAAUGAUGAUAAUAAAUGUAUAGAAUAUAAUAUAAAAAAUAAUACACCAUCUAAUUGUUAUAAUAAUAAUUCAAAAGGUUUAAAGAAUAAUAAUUUUAUUGUUAUAAUAGAUGAGUUUCAUCAUAUUAAUGAAAAAGGUAGAGGAAUAUAUAUUGAAAAUAUUGUUUCAAAAAUAUUAUAUAUGAAUAAAAAAGUAUGUCAUAUAAAAAUUAUAUGUAUGAGUGGUACCUUAAAUAAUAUCUCAAUAUUAAAAAAAUGGAUGAAAGCUAAAUGUUAUAUUUCUUCUUAUCGCCCACAAGAAAUAAAAGAACAUUAUGUCUGUAAUUUUAAUGUAUAUAAAAAAAAAGUAUUAGAUGGCACAUUUUAUAACGCUUGUAAUAUAUUUAGUUUUCAUGAUAUAUGUUAUGAUAAAAAUUUACAAAAGGACGAAUCAACAUCUUCCUUUCAAAGUCAUAUGAUGGAUCACACUAAUAUGAUCAAUAUGAAAAAGGGAUCACUACAAUAUGGAAAUAAAAAUAUGUACAUACAUAAUAAUAAUAAUAAUAAUGAUAUAAUGAUGAUACAUUCUAGUCAUAUAAAUAUGGGUGAUGAUCAAGAAGAAAGAAAACAAUAUAGUGGACAGAAUAAAAGAUCAAGUUCUAAUAGAGGAAGGAGUUUUUCAUAUGAACCAAAUAAUAAUAAAAGAAUAAAUUAUAAUCACAGUAAUAAUUAUGCAUCUAGUAAUAAUAACACAGUCAGUUAUAGUUAUUUUAGUAGUGUUGAAGAAAAUGACACCACCAGCAAUAAUAAUAAUAAUAAUAAUAUUGAUAAUAAUAGUGAUCAUAAUAAUUACAAUUAUUAUAAUAGUAUGAAUAGUAUGAAUAAUGAUUGUAGAUCUAGUUAUAAUUAUAACACAAGUUAUAGCAACUACAACGAUAUGAAUUCAUCGACUAUUAAUAUUAAUAUUAAUCAUAAUGACAAUUGUAAUAAAAAUAAUUAUGAUAAUAAUAUCAGAAGUACUGCUCAGGAUACAACCCAUGAUAAUAAAAAACAGAAAGAAAAUUAUAGAAACGAAAAUAGCUAUAGCAAUAUUUCCGGCAUUUCAAGCUAUAUCAAUAAUAAUAUUAUGAAUAAUAAUAUGAAUAAUAAUAUGAAAAAUAAUAUUAUGAAUAAUAAUAUUGUGAAUAAUAAUAAUAUGAAUAAUAAUAUUAUCAAUAAUAAUAUUAUCAAUAAUAAUAUUAUCAAUAAUAAUAUUGUCAAUAAUAAUAUUAUCAAUAAUAAUAUUGUCAAUAAUAAUAUUGUCAAUAAUAAUAAAACCAGGUCAAAUAUUAAAGAUUCACAUUAUAUAUCAGCAAAUAGGAACAUACACACAGAAAAAAACCAAAAAGAUUCUUUGAAUGAACAUAGAAAUAAUGUAAUAAAAGAUAAUUUAAUUUGUGAGAAAAAUAGUAAGGAUAGUGUUAUAUCCUUUCUUAAUAAAAAGAAUCAGAAUAGAAAUAAAUUUAAUACUUUAAAUACUAGUUUAAUUAAUUCUUUAUUAUAUUUUUCUUUACAUAGUUAUAUUAACAACUUGAAUACAUUAAUAUUUUGUUCUACAAAAAAAAUGUGCGAAUUUUAUGUCAACCUUAUAAAUGAAUAUCUCAUUACAUUAAAAAAUAUUGCUAUACCAGAAAAUAUAGAAAUAAAAAGAAAAGAAUUAAAAGAAAAGAUUUAUAAUAUAGACAAAUGUAUAUAUGAAAAAAUGCAUAAAUUAAUAUCGAAUGGAGUAUGCUAUUAUUAUAGUGAUAUUUCUUUUUCUAUUAAACGAUUAUUAGAAAAUGCAUAUAAAGAGAAAACAUUAUUUUUAUUAACAUGUACAUCAACCCUAUCUGUUGGAUUAAAUUUAUUUGUAGAUAGAGUUAUAAUAUCAUCUCCAUUUGUUGCUCAGAAUUUUUUGACAAAUACACAAUAUAAACAGAUGAUUGGUCGUGCUGCUAGAUUAAAAAAAGGAGAUUCAUUUCUAUUUAUAGAGAAAGAAUAUGAGAAGAAAAUGUUAGAUUUAUUUAAAGAGACAUAUACAAAUAUUAGGAGUACAAUGCAUUCUAAUACAUUUGAAGAAUUAGAAAAAUAUAUUAUUGAAUUUUUAUGUUUAUUUUAUGAAAAUGAAUAUGUAUCUUUUUAUGAUAUAAUCCAUAUGUUUUCUUAUUCAUUGUAUUAUAAUGAAACUGUAUCGAAUACGUUAAAACAAGAAAUAAAUGCAAGUCCUUCGAUAUAUGCAUAUAAAGAGUGUAAGGACCAGAUAGUUAUUCCUUCGACUAGUGUCAAGAAAAAUUUUGAUAGUGUGUAUCUUGAUAGUGCAUCUACAGAGGAAACGGCAACAAAGAGGAAGAGCCAAUGUGAUGAUUAUGAUAAUAACAUGGGGAGAAAUAAAUAUUCUGUUGGUGAUAUAUAUGGAAACAACAAUAAUAAUAAUAAUAAUAAAAAUAAACAUGUUGAUAGUAAUAAUAAUGAUAAUUGUAAUAAUAAUAAUGAUAAUUGUAAUAAUAAUAAUGAUAAUUGUAAUAAUAAUAAUAAUAAUGAUGAUGAUAAUAAUAAUUUUAAGGUGGUUUAUAAUAAGGAUCAAUGUCUUUUUACACAUAGAGAUGUAAAUGUGACGCCCAUAAGAAAGAUAGAUGAAUAUAAAAAAGGAAAUAAGAAUGAAUUAUUAAAAGAUAAUAUAAAUAAAUCGUGUUCAUUUUAUUUUAAUAUAAAUUUAAAUUAUUUUACAUGUGAUGAAAUAAUAUUUUAUCAUAAUAAAAAGAAUGAAAUAUAUAAGGUAUUAGAUACAUUAUUAAAAAAUAAAUGUAUAGAAAUACAUAAUGAGAAAAUAAAAAUAACAAAUUUUUGUCGUUCUUUAUUUAUAAGUAAUUUAAAUUUAUCUAUAGGUAUAGAUUUAAUUAAUGAAAUUAGAAUGUAUGAUAAAAUAUAUUUAUAUAAUAAUUUUCAUUUAUGUUAUAUAUGUUCUUCAUAUAAUAUUAAUAUUGUAUCAUUUCAUUAUGAAUUAUCACAUAUAAAAAAUUUAUUAUCAUUAAUUUCUGAUCAAUAUACAAAAAAUAUUAUAUUCAAAAUAUUAAAAUUUGAUAGUGAUAUAAUUAAUAUGUUAAAUUUAAAAACUCAACCAAAUCAAAAGAAAAAAAAUUAUUUCUCAAAUAUACAACUUGAAAGGAAAUAUAGUAAAUUAUAUUUAUCUAUACUCUUAUUCUUAUAUUUAAAUGAACAAGAUAUACAUAUAAUAUGUUCUAUCUAUAAAAUCACACCAGAUGUAUUAAAAUCUAUAUUACAACAUACUUUUAUACAUAUAAAUAUUUUAAUAUCUUUUUUUGACAAAUUAAAUGAAUGGAUACUAGUAUCUUUGUUAAAAAAAUUUCUACAAAAAUUUAAAAAUUCUAAACCUUCUUUAUUAUCAUCUAGUAAGUUUAAAAAAGCAAAAAAUUUUCAUCAAAAAUGA